GACAUCUUCCCCACAACCUACUGUUGGUCUAUUUGGAGAUAAAGGGUUAAUAAUGGCUGUAAAGUUUUUUGGAAAUCAUCCCGGGGCUCUGUUUAAAUAUUAGGGGAAAGAGCAUAAAAAGCAGACAGAGCAGACUUUGCCCAAGAAAUCGCAGGUACAAGGUGAGAGUAAGUCCCGGAGCAGAGAGGAGGACAAAGGAUCCGGGGAGGAAAAACAGGUCUUGGCUUUGGGGGUCUCUUUUCCCAGACGAUGGAUUUCGGGGGAGCUGGAACGCUGCUCUUGGCUUUCGGUGUCGCCUGCCUCUUCUGCCUGUUCACAUGGAUGAAGAACAGAAAGUGGACAGGGAUGCCCCCUGGACCCACUCCGCUUCCGCUCAUCGGGAACCUGCUACAGAUUAAUACGCGGGAGCUGCCCGAGUCCUUCUCAAAGCUCGCCCAGACUUAUGGCUCGGUGUACAGCGUUUAUUUGGGGAACAGGCCGGUUGUGGUCCUGUAUGGAUACGAUGCUGUAAAGGAGGCUCUCGUAGACCAUGGAGACACCUUCAGCCUUCGAGGGAAGGUUCCUGCCUUACAUCUUAUAUUUAAGGAGUACGGAAUCAUCCUCAGUAACGGAGAAAGGUGGAGGCAGCUGCGGAGGUUCUCCCUCGCCACCCUGAGGGAUUUCGGCAUGGGCAAGAGAAGCGUGGAGGAGAGAAUUCAGGAAGAAGCGCGGUGUCUUGGGGAGGAACUACAGAAGAAGAAUGGUUCGCCUUUUGAUCCCGCUUACCUCCUGACCCUGGCCGUUUCCAACAUUAUUUGUUCUAUCGUGUUCGGCGAGCGCUUUGAUUACAAAGACGAGAAGUUUCUGGGUCUUCUUGCCACGUUAAAGAAGAUUUUCGACGUUAUAAGAUCAUCCAGAGGACAGCUUCUGAACGCUUUCCCCAACCUCCUCCGUUUUAUCCCCGGGACUCACCAGAAUUUUUACCGAAACCUCACGGAGGUGAAAGGGUUUGUGAUGGAGAAGGUGAAGGAGCAUCAGGAGACGUUGGAUGAGAACUGCCCCAGGGACUUCAUCGACUGUUACUUGAUCAAGAUGGAGCAGGAAAAGGCGAAAGGCGACACCGAAUUUCAUCACGAAAACCUCUUCGUCUCGGUUAUAAAUUUGUUCUUCGCCGGGACGGAAACCACAAGCACGACUCUGAAACACGGUCUGCUGAUCCUCAUGAAAUACCCGGACAUAGCAGAGAAAAUCCAGCAGGAGAUCGACUCGGUGGUCGGCCAGGAGCGCUGUCCCUUCAUUGAGGAUCGGAGCAAGAUGCCGUACAUGGAAGCGGUGAUCCAUGAGAUCCAGAGAUUCGCUGAUAUUGUGCCCCUAAAUCUGCCCCACGCUGUCAGCGAAACAAUUACUUUCCGAGGGUACACCAUCCCGCAGGGCACCACCGUCUUUCCUCUCCUGACGUCUGUCUUGAAGGAUCCUAAAUACUUUAAGAACCCCCAAAAAUUUGACCCAGGUCACUUCCUGGAUGAUAAUGGUUCCUUCAAGAAGAAUGAAGCCUUCAUGCCUUUCUCUGCAGGGAAGAGGAUCUGUCUUGGGGAAGGAAUGGCAAGAAUGGAACUCUUCCUGUUUCUGGCUUCCAUCUUGCAGAAGUUUAACCUGAAAUCUGUCACAGACCCCUCAAACAUCGACAUCACCCCUCAGCCUCUUACCAACGGCUCCCUACUGCAUCCUUAUGAUUUCAUCUUCGCGUCUCGUUCCUGAGAAUUCUCGGCAUUCAUUGAGGAGACCGAUGCUUGCGUGUGCGCAGUAAAGAAACGGACUUCCGUGUCAUAACUUAUAACGGGAUGUUCUUAUUAUCGCUUUGCUUCAUCUUUCGGUAAAAUAAAGUCUUAGAAGCAUU